AUGUCCUCCAAGUUUGUCGCGAAACGGAGAUGUCUGGGUGACGGGUGUGACAAUGAAUGUAGCACACUGCAAUGUCCCACCUGCCUCAAAUUAGAGAUCAGAGGAAGCUUUUUCUGCUCUCAAGAAUGCUUCCAGCGUAGCUGGAAAAUACAUAAAGCUAUCCACAGAGCAAAGCAGACCAUUCUGUACAACCCCUUCCCAUCAUUCAAAUUCACCGGCUCGCUCCGACCCGUCUACCCACUCUCCGAGCGUCGCACAGUCCCCACCACCAUCCAACAUCCAGAUUACUGGCAAGAUGGCAUUCCACAAAGCGCACAAUCCUUCUAUGAUCGAAGAGCCAAAUUCACCGUCCUUGAUAAGGCAGGUCAGGAUGCCAUGCGAAAGGUCUGCAGACUCGCUCGCGAAGUCCUGGACAUUGCAGCAGCCGCCAUCAAACCUGGGGUGACAACGGAUUAUAUCGAUGAGAUCGUGCACAAGGCGUGUAUAGAGCGUGAUUCCUACCCCUCCCCACUCAACUACAACUUCUUUCCCAAAUCCGUCUGCACCUCCCUCAACGAAGUCAUCUGCCACGGUAUCCCCGACCAGCGCAUCCUCGUCGACGGCGACAUUCUAAACAUUGACGUCACGCUCUACCAUGGCGGAUAUCACGGCGAUCUAAACGAGACGUACUACGUUGGGGAGAAAGCGAAAGCGGAUCCCGAUUCCGUGCGGGUUGUCGAAACAGCCCGAGAGUGUCUGGACAUGGCGAUUGAGCUUGUCAAGCCUGGGGCGUUGUUCCGGGCUUAUGGGGAUGUGAUUGAGGCGCAUGCGCGCAAGAGAGACUGCAGUGUGAUUCGGUCGUUCUGUGGACAUGGCAUUAGCACGGUGUUUCAUUGUUUGCCCAGCGUGCCACAUUAUGCUGGGAAUAAGGCCGUCGGGGCAGCGAAAGAGGGUAUGUGCUUUACUAUCGAGCCGAUGGUAGCGCUGGGGACGUAUAGAGAUAUGAUAUGGCCGGAUAAUUGGACGGCGGUGACGAUGGAUGGGAAGAGGACGGCACAGUUCGAACAUACCCUCCUAGUGACGGCGGAUGGAGUCGAAAUCUUAACUGCCAGAUUACCAAACUCUCCAGGCGGACCGGUUCCAUACCCCGUCGCAGAGUGA